GUUUUAAUGAAAAGUUUAGUUUCUGUGCAACAUAGGGUGCUUCAUAAAAUUAACAUUAUAAUGGAAAACCUUUAGCAUAAUCAUCAUCAGACUGUCAUCCAACAAACUGUUUUUAUUCAAAGGCUUCUUCAGAUUUACUGUAUUAAAGAUUAAAUUUUAAAUCCUACAUGACAACAGCCAUUAAAACGACUCUUUGAAGAAGCUUGUUAUCUUAGUGACUAAUAAUUAAAUGGAACUGAAUAACUGAAUUUUCUGGGUUGACUGUGUGCUUUCAGUUGUUCUCUCUUUUUGAACGCCCAUUUCUACACUGUGGUUGUCACGUUGUCUUUCACACACGCAGCUUUAUGAACAUUUCAGGAAGUGCAUAAGACUUCCUGAAACGGUUCGAGAAAUGGCUUUGAUUGUCGCAUUUCUAUUUAACUUGCUGGUAGUCUACACACUUCAAAUGCAAGGUUCCUCUGCAGUGACUGAUGUAUUUGUGAAAACUGGAGAUGAUUUAAUUCUUCAUCUCACAGAAGCUGAAAUUCCACCAAAUUCUCGCAUUUGGUUAUGGCAAUUUAAAGAUGAUAUACUGGUAGAGUUUUUGCAUGGUUCCCAACCAAAUGUUGUUAAGAAUCGCUUUGGAAAAGUUGAAGUUAUAGAAAAAAGUUACAGUGUGAAAUUAAAGGAUCUACAUAAGUCACACAGUGGUAUUUAUAUUGCAAAGCUAGUAUCACCUAAAGAGCAAAUACUGACUCAAUACAACGUUACAGUUCAAGAUGCAGUGUCUCCAGUUGAUCUCAACUUUACCUGCUCAUCCAGCUCCUCCUCCUAUAACCUGACAGCGACCUGCAGGACAGACAACAUCAGCAUCACUCUGAGAUGUGAUUAUUUAUUCUGCAGCAAGGAAAAGAGAAAUUUGGUCACCAAAUCUGGUUCUUCUCUUCAUAUCUACAAGUUGAAAGAGUCUGUUGUCUGUAACCAUAGCAACCAGGUCAGCAAGGUUGAAUCCAAAGAAAACAUUGAGAAUCGCUGCCCUCCACCUAGAAAACCCAGAAAAUAUUACUGGUAUUUUAUAUUGAUCCUGUUGGUUCUUCUUGUCUGUUUAAUUUAUUUUGGAUAUCGUAAAUGCAAGAAAGCAGGUGACACAGGCAACUUUGACAACACAAUAUAUGAUCUUCCUGUGGUAAAUGAUCAAACUGAAACACUGAAUAAAACAGAUGAAGAUGAAGCUUGUUCCCCAACCACCACCUACAGCGUAGUGGGAAUUUCUACAAGUAAGGCAGCCACCAAGACGAGAGACAAUGACCAACCACAGAGUGUGUAUUCACAGAUAAAGGCCGUGUGAAGUGCAAAACUGAUAUAGUGAGAUUAUGACAUUUCUGUUAUGUGAAAAGGCAGACUGCUGCAUUUCCUAUAAUCUGGAGGUGACUCAGUCAAG